UGCAGCCCCCACAUUUGCCGAACUGCCCGCGAUUUAACUCUUGCUUACCUCUAGGUUACUAAACUAUAAGCCUAUCCUUCAACACCACUUUUAUAACUCCUUCAGAGGCCACACAUACAUGUACGCUAUCCUUUGAGUAUCUACGAUAUCGUCUUCUUAUCGCGUAGCUUGUGUUUGUCAAUAUAUUAAUCAAUGGACUUCGUCAACCAUCGCGUGGCCCAAGAGGCUGCUAAGGACCCCUCUGAGAUAUACACCGGUUUCGUCACGCCGCUCAAUAUCAUACUCCUCCUCAUCACCCUGUACACGACAUAUGUACUCUACAAGCCCUCUCCUCCGGUAUCGUUUCCGCGCGAACCGCCCGCCAUCGUCUUCCGGACCUUCACCCCACGCACCCUGCUACCCUUCAACGGACAAGACGGCAAGCCGGUGUACCUAGCAGUACGCGGCCGCGUCUUCGACGUCACGAGCGGUCGUAACUUCUACGGCCCCGGCGGCCCCUACGAGAAUUUUGCCGGUCGCGAUGCUUCGCGCGGCCUUGCGUUCCAUAGCUUCGACGAGGAUAUGCUGACUAAGGAUCUCGAUGGGCCUCUAGAUAAACUCGAGGGCCUUGGACCUGAGGAGUGGGAGAGCUUGCAGGGCUGGGAGGAGAGGUUCAACAGCAAGUACAUGGUUGUUGGAAAACUGGUUGCUGCGGCUGAUGCGUAAAAUGGUCUCGACGAACCUGCGGAGGUUACAUCAGAUAUGAUGAAUUAUGGCAAUGUUAUUGAGCGCUCGGUCUUUUAUUUACAGCUAGUAUUGGCUGGUAUUACUAUCUAUAGGUGGAAAAUAAAGGAUUCUAUCUACGGAAUAUAAAGAUGCUCAAUCGAGUUCAAGCCCAUGUUGAUAUUAGUUUGCUUGAAUUACUUGCACGCCUAGAAAGUUUCAUUGUUAUGAAGUAAGUCUAUCUUGUAAGGUGAUAUUGUCACCAGCCAGCAUUUUCCGACUCGUAUGUAAUAAAAUUCCUUCUUUUGUAAGUAGUUAGUCGUAUUCCAAGUAUAAGUUCCAUAAAUGUGGCUAGAUAGACACCUCACUACAAUGUUAAUGCCUUAGGUGUGCUCGUGGGAUUUUAUUCCUAAGGCUACUACACUGGAAGCUGUCUAUUUCU